UGAACAAAGGACAGACAGACGGACGGACGAACGAACGAAUGAAUAGAUAAGCCGACCAACCGGUUUCUUUUUAGUUUUCUAAAUACCCGUUGGAUGCUGGUUGAUUGAGAUCAGCGCAUCGCGAAUCGUUGUAUUAAUAGAAUACAGUGUAUCGCGCGGAAUUGUUCGUGUAGUAUUCCAAAGUAUUGUCUGCACUCGUCGUUGUUCUUAUUCCUUAUCCAACAGUAAAUUGAAGUCGAACAAUCAUGAAACGUGUCGUUGGAAUAACUGGAAUAAUGGGAUAUCUGCUGAUUUCGUAUAUCGUUGUCGUGACCCUCGUUAUAAAACAAUGUAAGUCAGAGAUAACGAAAUCUCCGUCUUAUUUGGAUACGAACAGAACUACAAGCACCGGCCCUGUGAUCGUUAACCGCGACGAAGACGAUGAGAUCUUUGUACCUUAUCAAGGAGAACGUUUUAGCAUAUUCGAUUGGGCAUUGUUUAGAGCUAUGAGCAAGAAAUAUUCUGGGAAUAUGUUACUCUCGCCGAUAUCCUUAAAAGUCGCAUUGAUAUUAUUGUACGAAGGAGCUCUGGAUGAAACUGCACACGAACUCGCUACCGCGAUGCAAUUACCCGCCAACGAAAAUGUUAUACGAAAGAGAUUCUCCACUAUUUUACAAUCGCUACAGACCAAUUCUUCAGCGUACGUUUUGAACAUUGGAACGAGAAUUUACAUCGAUUCAAACAUUUUGAUCCGGCAAAAAUACGAAGCCACCGUGAAAGCCUAUUACGACACCGACGUGAUUUCCGCGAAUUUAUCUGACGCGCAGCCACUCGUGCAAGCGAUUAACGACUGGGUCAGCAAUGUUACCGAUGCUAACAUAGAUCGAAUGAUAGAAGAUGAGGACAACAUUAAGAAUUCUUUGAUGCUGAUCAUGAACACGCUUUUCUUCAAAGGAUCGUGGCGUCGUAAAUAUUUUUCUCCGGAAAAUACACGAACGGGAAAAUUUUAUACGAUCGAUAACCGAACUAUAGACGUACCUUUUAUGCAUACGUUUGGUCGAUUUUAUUACACCAACUCGCCUGAAUUAGACGCCAAAAUUCUACGAAUUCCAUACGACGGGCGCAAGUUUGCCUUGUACUUGGUAUUACCACGGAAUAGAACAUUAGAUGGAAUAGAACACCUUGUCAACGAAGUUACUCCUUUCGUGUUGACACGAUGCGUAUGGCAGAUGGAAAAUCUGCCUAUCGAUGUUUCUAUUCCUAAGUUUAAAUACCAGUUUUCCAGUCACAUGGAACCCGUUCUCCGUGAGGUUGGUAUUCGCAAUAUUUUUGACGAUACCGCGACAUUAACGGGCAUAGCUCAAACCAGACGAAUUUCGAGUAAUCUCAAAGUUUCUGAUAUUUUACAAAAAACUGGAAUCGAAGUGAACGAAAAUGGCACUAUGGCUUAUGUGGCUACUGAAAUUAAUAUUGGAAAUAAAAUCGGGGAGGAUAUCUUCCAUGCCGAUCAUCCAUUCUUAUUCUUCAUCGAAGAUGAGUCCACAGGAACGGUUAUGUAUAUCGGCAGGAUGAUGAAUCCUCUUGAGACAACCGGUAGUACCGCUAGUUGGGAACAAUACUUAUCUCAAUCACCGCCCAGGCUUAACGCAGAGAUAUCAAAUACAGACUCGAUUCCCCAAGCAGGCUUGAAUACCGAAGAUCGAAAUAAUCUUUUCAAUAUAUACUUUCCACAGGCUCUAAGCAAGAAAUAUAAAGAUGGAAAUCUAGUAUCGUCGCCUGCAAGUGUUAAAAUGAUCCUGACAAUGUUAAUGGAAGGUGCGAAUGGUAAUACGAAAUCGGAAAUUAUUUCGGUACUAAGAUUACCGAAAGGCAAGUCGCGCAGAGGAGAACUCGCACAACGUAUUCUCUCGUCUUUAAACAGAAAUGAAAACGGGACGGAAAUUGCUUUGACCACACGAUUGUGGAUACACGAAAAUUUAUGCGUAUCAAAUAGUUACAAAAAUAUUCUACGAUCACGUUACCAAGGAGAUAUAGAGAGUGUAAAUUUUAUGGAAUCGCAAAGUACCGCGCGCCAUAUCAAUGAAUGGGUUCGUCGUGUAACGCACAAUACGAUCUCUUCGGCUUUGUUAUUAAAUGACCUUCCACCUGAUACGCGUCUCAUUUUGACUUCAGUCAUCUAUUUUAAAGGACUCUGGUUAAAAUCGUUCGAUAAGGCGAACACGAAAUUACAAUGCUUCUAUAUUCCUAAUGGAGAAUGUCGAAACACGUACUUCAUGAAACAUGGAUCUAUUUAUCGAUAUGGUUAUAUACCCUCCAUUGAAGCAUAUGUUUUAGAAAUUCCAUACUCGGAUGGUAAAACAUCGAUGUUGACAUUGAUGCCAAGGUCUAGAGAAUAUGAUCCAUACCUUCGGAUAUUAUCCGAUGAUUUAAUUACUGUUCCACUUUCUGCGAUCUUAGCAAAUUUGAAGAAACAAGAUAUUACCAUUCAUCUUCCGAAGUUCAAUAUUGAGAAUAAUCUUAAUUUAGUGCCCACGCUACGACACUUGGGUAUCGAGAAUAUAUUUCAACCUAAUACGAAUUUGUCCAAAAUGACUUCUGACAGUUCGAUACAUGUGACUAGUAUCUUGCAAAAUGUUAAGUUGGAAGUAGAUGAAGAAGGAACGCUAGCUGCAGCCGAUACAGAAAUCGGAUAUAAGCUUCUGUCAUCAUGGGGUAACGACGUUAAAAUGGACAGACCAUUUCUUUUUAUGAUUAUUGAUUCCGUUUUAAACAUGACUUUAUUCUCCGGUCGCUUUAUCGAACCAUUUAAAUAAAUAACAUAAACACAAAUGAUAUUUAAAUAUUAUAUUUAAAAACAUAAUACGCGACCAUCACGCAUGUUGGAAACUUUUAAGUUAAAGAAAAGAGGAAAAAAGGGAAAUUGUGGAAUGAACGUAGCAUGAAAACAAGGAAAUUUAUUAUUUUAUUUCGCGUUAAAUGUCAAAAAUUAACUAAGAGAAUAACGUACUAAAAUCGACAAAAAUGUUUAAGGAAGUUUUUUUCCAUACUAAUACACGUAGACGAAUACAGAUAGUAAGUAACUGUAAGGAUAAAUAAAAAAUAUUGUAAACUUA